AUGGACCCACAGUACCUCGCUGCCUUGGAGGAAACACUCCAGCAGACGUUUGCGCCAGCCACCGUCAAGCUGGCCACGGCAAGAUUGUCCAAGGAGUUCUACCAAAACCCGUUGGCAUUGCCUUCCCUUUUCCAUAUUUUGCAGAAUUCCAACCAAGACCAGGUUAAGCAGUUGGCUGCUGUGGAAGCAAGAAAGCUCAUCUCGAGAAAAUGGGAAGCCGUGGAUGCCUCGUUGAAGCCUCAAAUUAAAGAGGCUCUUUUGCAGAGCACCUUCACUCAGGAAAACAAGUUGAUCAGACACUCUUGUGCUAGAGUGGUCGCUGCUAUUGCUGAGCUCGAGUUGGACAAAAACUCUUGGCCAGAAUUGUUGCCAGCCUUGAUCAAUGUAGUUGGUGACGCUAAUCAGCAGGACAUGGCCGUGUACACUUUGUACACCUUGUUGGAAACCCAUAACCCAGCGCUCAAAGAGCACCAGGACGAUUUUGUCAACCUUUUUGCCAACUUGUUGCAGAGUCAGUGCUCUAGAGAUGUCAAAGUCAAUGCCACUUUGUCUCUUGACGUGCUCUCGCAAUACCUUGAGGAGGAUCUUGAUGUGAAGCCCGCUACCGCAGAGAAGUUCAAGAGUUCUGUGCCAGGUAUGGUUCUGGUUCUUAAGGAGACCAUUUCUGCUGACGACGCUGAGCAAACCAAAUCUAUCUUCAACGUGUUCAACUCUUUGAUCUUUUUGGACAAUAAGUUGUUGGGUGACCAGAUUGUUGGUUUGAUCCAGUUUGUCGUUGAGAUUGCUAACAACCAGUCCUUGGAUGAAGACGUAAGAUGUAUGGCCAUGCAGUUCUUGAUCUCCGUAGUAUCCAUGAGAAAGACGAAGGUCAGCUCCAAUAAUUUGGGUCCUUCCCUCACUCUUCUUGCUCUCAAGAUCGCUUCAGAAGAGAUCGAUGAGGAUGAUGAGUUGAAUAACGAGGAUGUUGAGAACGAAAACGAAGAAAACAUCCCUGCCACUUUGGCUUUGCGUUUGAUGGCCAUCUUGUCUGGUGAAUUGCCUCCUUCUCAGGUCAUCACUCCGUUCUUUGAGAACUUAGAAUCUCAUAUAACUUCUAGCGACAAAUUCGCCAGAAGAGCUGCUCUUUUGUGUAUUGGUGUUGCUUCUUCUGGUGCGCCAGACUUCAUGGGUAACCAGGUGAAAAAAAUUGUUCCUGUUGUUAUCAGAGGGUUGCAGGACUCUGAGAUUGUCGUGAAAGUCGCAGCUUGUAGAGCCUUGGCCCAGUUGACCUCCGAGUUGCAGGACAACAUUGCUGAAUUUCACAAGGAGUUGUUGCCUCUCAUUGUCGACGUUAUCAACAAUGCCUCUCAUGUCAUGACUUACAAGCACGCUUGCUUCGCUUUGGAUGGUGUGAUUGAGUUUAUGAGCCACGAGGCCAUUGCUGACUACGUUCAGCCUUUGAUGGAAAAAUUCUUCACCAUGAUCCAGGAAGCCAAUUCUUCCUCUUUAAAGGCUGCCAUUGUUUCUGCCAUUGGCUCUACUGCUUUUGCCUCUGGAAAGGGUUUUAUCCCAUACUUCCACCAGUCUGUCCAGGCUUUGGAGCCUUUCAUUCAGAAUGCUGCUGAGACCGAGGGUAUGUCUGAAGAUGACAUUGAGUUGAGAGCCAUCACUUUCGAAAACAUCUCGACCAUGGCCAGAGCUGUUGGUAGUGAGUCUUUUUCCGCCUACGCUAAGCCGUUGGUUGAAGCUGCUUACGCAGCUCUCAACUCAGACCAACUGAGAAUCAGAGAGUCUGGCUUUGCUUUCAUCACGAACAUGGCCAAGGUUUACGGUUCGGAGUUCUCUGGUUUCUUGGACAACAUCGUUCCCCAAAUUUUGAAAUGUUUGAACCAGGAGGAAUUUUCCUUUAACCUUGACGAGAACGAGGCCGAAAAUUUCCUUGAGGAUGAAGACGAGGAGAAUCUCAAUGAAAAGUUUAACGUCAACACUGGUAUCACCAUUGAGAAGGAGAUUGCCUCUGUUGCUCUUGCAGAAUUGGCUAUGGGAACUGGUAGUGCUUUCGGUAAGUACGUCGAGGAGUCUAUUUCCACAUUGGCUGAGCAGAUCGAAGUCUCGUACGGUAUGAGGGAAGCUGCAAUGAAUGCUCUUUGGAAAAUUGUCCGUGCUAUGUUCAAGGCUCAGUACGGGGAGGCCUUCAGGGCCCCUAUCGGUGUCCCACAACAGCCAUACACCGAUGGUCCCAUCUUGGAGUUAAUCAAGCAAGCCAGAGAACUUACAAUUGCAAAUUUGGAGGGUGAGUUUGAGGUGAGCUUAGCUGCUUGUGACUUGGACAACAUUGUUGAGGCACUCAACUACUUCGGUGCUAUCACUGUUACCAGCGGGCCAUCCGACACCGCCUCAUUGGAGAAGUUGUGUGGUAUCUUGAUGGAUCUUUUGAAGAAGGAGCACCCAUGUCAAAUUGACGACGAGGAGCCAGUUGAGGAUGCUGAAGACGCUUCCGAGACCGAGGCCAUGAUGUACGAGACUGCGGUGGAGGUUUUGAUUUUGCUCUCCAUGAAAUUGGGACCUGACUUUGUCAAGAUCUUUGAAACGUUCAAGGGUAUCAUUCUUGCAAACGCCACUUCCAAGUCCAAGGGCAAGAGAGUCGGUUCCAUUGGUGCCUUGGCUGAGAUCUCUGUUGGUUUGAAGGCAUCUAACCCAUACGCUCAGGAGUUGAUGCAGGUGUUUAUGGACAGAUUAGCGAACGAUGUUUCUUUGGAGGUCAAGGGCAAUGCCGCUUACGGUAUCGGUGUUCUCAUUGAGUUGUGUCCCGUUGACUUCACUGGUCAGUACCAGCAGAUCUUGCAGAUGUUGUUCCACUUGUUGAGCAGGUCCGACAAGGAAGGCCAGGUGGAUGAUCAGGAGACCAAGGAUGUCGUCAACAGAGCCAACGCUAACGCUUGUGGUUGUGUGGCUAGGAUGGCUCAGAAGAACCAGGCUGCCAUUCCUCUUGAACAUGUCUUGCCAGCACUUCUCAGCCAUUUGCCAUUGCAGUCUGCCCCAGAGGAGAAUGUUCCUAUUUUGAAAUGGAUCAUUAGCUUGUAUGAGAGCGGCAACAACUUGAUUGCGGGCCAAACUGACAGGGUUAUUCAGAUUUUUGCGGAGAUCUUCCAAAAAGAAGCGGAGAGACUCAAGUUGGUUGCUGAAACUACAUUGGGUAGAGAAGAGUAUCUUGGAAAGAUGAAACAGUUCCAAAGCGAAGAGAUGAAGCAGAAAGUCAUUGACUUGUUGAAGUUUUUGAACCAAAACUACUCUUCAACCAUUGCAUCCCACGAGAUCUUGAAGUCUGUCAUCGCAUAA